AUAUUGAAUAUACCUUGACAGCAGCUGAAUAUGAACUACUACACGUGUAGUAGUUUAUGAUACCGAAUGAUACCUAUCUAUUAUUUCAUUCCAGUAUUUCAGUAUUUCAGUAUUCUACAUUUCUACAGUCUACAACGCACGGAUUAAUAUAUUAUAUUAUAAUCCGUGGUCGAACCGUGACCGUACACUGUCGUUACUAAUACUAAGAAUAAUAAAAAUAAUAAAAUAAUUACUUAUCUAAAUCUUACUUUCGUAUUUUGUCUUUUAUUCUAGUCUCUAUGUUCGUUUAAAGUUUUAAACCUCAAACAUCGGGAAAUGUCCUUUUAUAAUUUUCAUUAACUUUAAAAUUUAACUUUGGUACACGGUGUUUGUGAACAUGACGACAUUAAGAGAACUGAAUAUGAAGCAUAAGGGAAUAUCGAAAAAAAAUCUUAGGCCGAGAUGUGUUAUUACAGAUCCUUACGAAAAAUUUUGGCCACUUUUAGGUUUAGGAAAAUCUCAAUUGCUGGUUAAUGAAAUGGAAAAAACUAUAUAUAAAGAAAAUGGUAAAUUAAAAGUAAAUUGGUUUAGUUUAAAAAAAUUACCUUUGGAUAUACGAAAAUGCCAAAUUAAAAAUCUUUCCAAUACACAUAAGCAUAUAAGUCUUGAUUUAAAAGCACAAAGAUCAGUUUUGAAAAUGGGUAUCAAUGAAGUUAGUAGGUGUGUUGAAAAAGAUCAAAUAGCUUGUUGUUUGAUAGCAGAAGAUGUGGCAAACUGUAUGAUUGCCAAGCAUUUGCUUUUUAUGACUGCUGCAAAAAAAAUACCUGUCCUAAUUCUUCCAGAUAUGUAUUCUAUUACAAAGCGUAUCAUAGGUUUUUCUUCUGCAGUGUUAGGAUUGAAAAGCGAUGUAAUAAGUAGAACAGAAAAUUCCUUGCAUAAUCUCUAUCAAACCAUUAUUAAAUUGUCGAAUGAAUUUAAAAAUCCAUACAUCAAACAAAUUGGUAUGAGGGAAUUGAAAUCUAUAGAAAACCCAACACAAUUAAAUAUUAAUAUUGACAAUUAUUUACUUAAGAAGCCGCGUGAAGGUAGGGCUUUUGUACCAGAAGAAACAUCAAAUAUUCAGGCAUUAAACGACUUAUCAUUUAUACCAAUUGAACAAAUGGUAGUUGAAAAACAACAACCUUCUGAACAUGAAGAAGAACUAUUUGAAAUACCAAUAACUACUGAUUUAUUUAGCAUAGACACUAAACCUAUAGUAAUUGAAGAUAUAGGUGAAUCUGUGGAACGUAGAACAAACAAUUUUAGAGAGCCUUUAUUAAGAUAUCAUGGAUUAAAAAUGAAAAAAAUGAAACCCAAUCCCCAAAGAAAGCCAAAAAAAAAGAAAAUGUUUAAUACAAACACAAAAAAGGAACACAAUUAACAUUUCACUGGUCAAUUUAAGUUGUUUUAUAUAAAAAAAGUAUACAUAAAUAAAUUGUGCAAAGUAUUUUGGAAA